GGGAAAGUCUUCCUGGGUGCUUCCGCCUGUUUCUACAGAAAGGGAACAGAAACUUCCGAAGUGUCUGACCAUUGAAGCUGGCUUUGUGUUUUUUUUCCCGAGAGUAAAAUAAGCUUUCUGGGAGUUGAUAAAGUUUUGGUUUAGUAAAAAGUUUGGAGUUUCAGUCUGGAGUUUGCUCGUGUUGCAAAAAGUGCCACCUGGAGACAGAGAGUGAGGUAUUGGAAAGGCUCCAGUUGGGAGAGAGGGGGAGGUAUUUUUUCUUCCGAGUUUGAGGAGUGUUUGCCAGGAAAGCAGAUCCUUAGAGAGCAUGGAGCGCUCGUUGCUGCUGCUGCUGCUGCUGGUCAAUUGGGGACUGAGUUCAGGGCGUAUUGUGAAAGUCCCAGCAGGCAACCUGUACCGUGUAGUUGGAACUCCAGUCAGCAUUCCCUGUAACGUCAGUGAUUAUCAAGGGCCGUCCGAACAAAACUUUGAUUGGAUUGUGUCCCGUGGGAACCAGUGGUUAAAUAUUGUCAGCACAUUGGAACCUGAUUUUUCAGCUGCUGAAUACAAGGAUAAAAUCCAGAAAAGGGACAUUUGGGUGGAGAGACUCGGUGACAGCUCUGUUGAACUACGUUUCAAGAGUGUCCAAUUUGAGGAUGAAGGGGAAUAUCAAUGCCAGACACCUAGCACAGAUGAAAAUAGUUUUGGAACUUAUAAAGACAGUGUGAAUUUGAAGGUGAUCCCAGAUGGACUGACUAUAUUGUCUGGAAAAUCCAGAAGCGUGAAGCCUGCAAGUUUCACUGAAGGGAAGCCAUUGGAACUUCAGUGUGUCGCAACGACAAAUUCGUCUGUUCCCACUCAUGUCUCUGUCACAUGGCAGUUAAAAUUAAAUGACAGUGUGACUAAGGACAUCCUGUCAUUCACUGAAGAUAACAGCUUUCAGCCCGGUGAUUCGUACAAAAAUAGGUAUCAGAGUGGUGAUGUUAGAAUGGAAAUGGAAAGAAACGGCAUCUUCAAAUUGAUUAUCAGCCACUUGCGACCUGAGGACGAGGGUGUUUACUCCUGUGUAGCAGCAGAAUGGGCCAAAGAAGAUGGCUCCAACUGGAAAAAAAUCCAAGAAAAAAAUACGGACAUUGCAAUGAUCAAAGUACAGCAGUUAGCCCAGCUCCUAAAGGUCUCUACAGUCGGAGGGAAUCUUGCUUUAAACAAAGGUGAUACCAUUGAUCUCAUCUGCAAUGUAACAGGAGUUGAAGACAUGGUGACAGUUAGCUGGUAUUUCAGCACAUCUGCAGCAAUUAAUCCUCCAAGCAAUAAAGUUCUAGUGCACUUGAACCAUGCCGCAGUUGUGAACAAUACACGUUUUGUCACGUUGAGCAGGAUUAGCGGUACUGACUACCAACUGAGAGUGCAACAGAUUGAUGAAACAGAUAGUGGAUAUUAUUACUGUACAGCCUCUGUCUGGAUCCAGUACACCAGUGAGAUGUGGCACAAGGCAGCAGAGAGAAUGUCCAGUCCUGUCGGUGUCACUGUUGGUAUUUUAGAUCCUACGUAUGCCGUUGAGCUAAACUCCAUCAAAGUACCUAGUUCCUCAGGGGAGUCAGCCGAACUUGAGUGCCGGGUGUUGAAUUUACAAAAUGCAGAUGAUGCGAAGCUAACUGUGACCUGGUAUUUCAGUCCAAAAGGGCAGAAUGUUGCUACUGAAGCAACUGUGCCCAUAGCAACGAUGGAUCAGGAUUGGACACUAAAAUUGGGCAAUAAGUAUAAUGAACGAGUGGAAAAGGGAGAGAUUGGUUUUAUGAAGCCUGAGAUACAUGCUUUCAAGUUUCAGAUGCAGCAUGCCCUUCUCUCUGACAGAGGAGAAUAUUUUUGCAAUGUUACUGCCUGGAUUAAACAGCGAGGUAACACUUGGUUGAAAAAACAGGAAAACUCUUCACUCGCCAUUGAUAUAUUCUGGAAAACAGAAGAUCCAAGCCUGAGUAUUACAGCAACAGAGGAGAAACCAGUAUCCACGCGAGGCAACACCUUUGAGAUGGUCUGUAGUGUUUCUGCAGAGCAUGUUGAAGUUCCUCAUUACUCUGUGGCUAUAGCGAUGAAUGAACCAGCUUUUACUGAUGCAAAGGACAGCAAAAUGCUUAUCUCGUUGACCAGGGACUCAGUGGUUAAACUGGAGAGAUGGGAUGACCAGGACCGAUCAGAGGAUGUUGUUCUGGAAAAAGUCGGUGAUGAGGAGUUCCGUUUCCGACUGUACAGGACCCAAUUUUCCGAUGAAGGAUCAUAUUACUGUAUUGUCCAAGCAUGGGCUCCAGACACAAAUGGGCAGUGGUCUGAAGUAGUUGCAAAUUCGUCCAACACUGUAGCAGUUGCCUUUAAAACAGCAGCUCCCCGGUUUAAUGUAACUUUGCACUCUGAGAAGCCUCAUGUAUACCAAGGCGAGACUGUGGAAAUGAACUGCACUGUUGAUCUGUCGGACAUACCUAACAACUCAGAUGUUUUGUAUGAGGUUGAAUGGUUUGUGACCCAACGGUUCUCCAAUGACACGACCCAAAGUCCUCUAGUGUCGAUCGAUCAGAGGUCAGUGGUGACAUAUCUGAAAGACAGUAGCACCAGUGACAUCAGUGCUGAGCGAAUCGGCAUGCAUGAGUUCCGUCUACGACUACACUGUUCUGAGAAGAAUGUUGCCGGGGAUUAUUUCUGCACAGUCACACCUUGGAUAAAAUCGGAGACUGGAAUGUGGCAGAAAAUGCCUCCACAGCAAUCUGAUUCACUUUCCAUACGUGUUGAUAUUUCAGUGCUAGAUUCCUUUAAGGUGCCUUUGAUGUAUGGGAUUGUUGUCGCCUUAUUAAUUGGAAUUCUCGCUUGUGCAAUCGGAAAGUGUGCUUCUCGAUACUGCUCUGGGGAGAGAAUUGCACCAAGAUACGAGCAACACAGAUUAAUCCCGAUGAGCACAGACUGAGACAAUCUCUUGAAGUGUUGCAGAGUGACCAUUGGAUGAACUACAGAAACUACCUACGCUCUGCAAUUUGGGGAGGUAGAGAGCAGAUGUUGAGGAGGUGUCAUGUCUUUUUAGAAUGUUAACAUGUGCAAUGAUUGUAAUUUUGUUUUUUAAAAGCCAUGUUCAGAUAUUCAAGUGGGGUAAAAACACUUUGUGGGAAUGUCAGUGUGAUUUUGUUAAUUAUUUCUUUUUAAGUGCAGCAAGUGAUACAAUAGAGAUACUGUCAGUGUUUCUCAACAUCUGCCCAUCUCUCUUUGUAGAGAAGAUCUAACUCGAGCCAUGUUUCCUUGGUCUCUGCUGGUCAGUCACCAUUACUGUGGUUUCAGAUUAUUGAUGGGCUGUGGGUGUAAACUGAAUAUUAUUCUCUUGGAUGGAAAUAUGGAUGGAGAUUUGUUCUGUGAAUUCAAAUUCAAAAUUGCAGUGAAAUAUUAAUUCAAGCAGAGUGCCAACUUCAACCAGCUUGCUUAAAAAGGCUGAAGCCAGUAAAAUCAGCAACGUUAACACCAUUCUGGAACAGUCUUUCAUUUGGACGGAAGACUGACUGACUUGAAAGGAGACCAGUGGUUUCACUGCCAUGAACUCAAAUGGCCUGCAAUGGAAGAGGAAUUUUUUUUGGAGUGGUUAAAAUGAGGGGCAGAGGUUCCAUUACAUACGAUGCAUUCCUAAGACACUUGAGAGAGAGAGAGAGAAUAAUUGUGCAACUGUUUAUUGCUGCCUUUGAACGUGUGCAAUGUGCAGGUUGAAAUUUACACUAGAGGAUAUUGAUCUUGACACAGUCUGCUCCAGUACAGCACAAUUCAAUCUGAUUUUGAUACAAAACAUCUGCUUUGGCAUCAGUAUAGCUUAUGUAAUUUAAGGUGGUGUUACAAUUAAUGCAGUUUUACAGAAAAUAAAAACGCAGUCUAAAUUGUUGACUGCUGCUGUAUUGGCAUUGGGGCAAAUGAUUCAGUAUGGGUGACAUCACAAUAAAUAGAUUUUUACACUUCCUGCAUACAGCACACAUUUUGUUCUGGUACUUUAUAAUAUUUUUAACCUUUAUUUUAAAAAAAGAUCCAGAGAUGGGCUGGUUUCUAAACUGUUUUCAUUUGCCAUGAACGUGGUGCACUUAUCAGUCCUAUAUUUGCACUUGCAAGACUAGUCCAGCAGAAGACCAUUUUAUCCCUGGUUAAGCAGUUCUGAAAACAGACAUGCUUCCAGGCUUACCACAGCUCACCAAAGAAUCUUAAUGCUGAUACUGGCAAGACAGAAUGAGGAAUCUCAUUGAUUGUCUCUUCCUCUCAUUUUGCAUACCUGAGUGGGCAGUUGGGGAAUAAGAUCAAUGGCUCUAUUUCCUUCCUCUAUAACUGAUCUCUGCAGUGGAAAAAUGAAGUUGAAUGAAGAGGCCUACUUGCUGCAUGUCUGCCUCUAACAGCACUAUCGUGGAUUUUCCUCUUGCCCUAGCUGGGAAGGCAGUUGGCUGCCCCUUCAUCACCUCAUCACAUUAAUGAUGGCCGAGGGUAAAGUCCAAGAAAUCCACCCAAUUCCCCUCAUUCUAUUGCUACAGUGACUGCUAGAAGAGGGGUAAUAGUAGAGAUCUUGGGGCAGCAUUGCAAGGCCUGUUGAAACUGUUCUUGGAGGGAGUGGACUCAGUAGUGGAAGCCUCUCCUUUUCCAGGGCAAAUAACCUUGGCAACUGUGGCAUGGCUAUAUAAUCAUUCCCUCCUGCCGGCGGCAGCAGCUUUCACUGCCAGGAACCUCGCCUACAUUGCUAAAGUGCACCAUCCCAUUAAAAUGAAAGUCCAGCUUCAUACUCCCCUCAGGUAAUGAACCUACCCUGGACAGAAAUCUGGGCCUGAAUGUUUGUUUGUGGAACAGUACAAUGGCCACACACUACUGGCCAUUCACUUGCAGGAUGAGUGAAGCAUGUUAGUUAAGAGCCUCAAUGGAAGAAAACAGUCAAGUACAACACAAGCUUUCUAUUGUCUCCAGCAUUCUAAGUUAAGCAAAGAAUUGCUUUUGUGGUCUGGGUGCCUAUGUGGUUUUGCUGUGUACAGGUUAGUAAGUAAGCCAAGUGCCAAAGUCACUUAGUGAGAAUUACUACUGUAACACUACAAAAAGACACUUCAACAAUUAAUUGAAUGACUGAAAUACACCAGUAAAAACUAGUAUUUUUAAAUUAAUUUUGCUUAACAUUUUGUUAAAAGUAGUGACUUUUAUACAAUUGCACUUAAACCUAUAAUGUUAGCAACUAAUCAUAACCACUAUUUGAUCUCCAGUUGUUCAUUUAAUUGAUUUUCUCCUGUUAAAAUUGUUUUUUUAACCAAGGAAAUCAUAAUUCUUCCUAUCAGAUUUAGUAGCAAUACAGUUGUUAUCUGACUUCUUGUAUAUUCUGGUAUUUUCUGUUGUUACUUCGGAUUUCCAAAUUGUGCAGUGUUUUAUUUUGUGUCAAAUAAUCAAUUAUUUAGAUGAUGAUAAAAUGAACCAGCCAGCCAUUGUGAAAUACACCACUGUCAGAAUUAACCUCCUGGUGGAUUGCUGGAGUAUUGUAUGCACUGGAGCUGAGAUCUAAGGCAGGAGUUUGAGAUAUUCAAAUUUCCGUCCCCAAUUGUGUUUUUUCUGGAACUUAAGUCAUUUUCGAGUGGCUUUGCUGCCGACACUUAUAGAAUGUGACACACACAUGUUUUUUAUUCUGGCACUAGCUUUUGUAAGGAAGCAGCACGUUAAAUUCUUAAAACAAUUCUCAAAACAAAGCCUGUUUAGAAAUGAUCCAGGGGUAUGUAUGGUGAUUGCGUCUUACAGGGUUUGUGGUGGGUGGUGAGUGGAGGGGAAUGUGUUAAUCAGUUUGAACCACCUCCCUAUUGAAUUUUUAAAAAAAAAGACUUCAGAUGCCACUUAGCAAUUGACGUUUACUCUGUGGCCGUUUAAAUUCACACUCACACUUGUAGGUAGUAGUGUUAGAAAAGAUCUAACAGAAAUGUUACUCAUUAUCAGAAGUAAAUUACCAGGCUGUACACAGCCAGUUUAAAAUUGGCCACAUUUCCAAAGGAUGUAUCCAUGCCAUGCCCACUUGUGUACACAUUCUGAGAGGAAACUCAUCCUGCAAGUGAAUGGCCAGAUUUUUAAUCUUAAAAUCCGCUCCCCAAGCCUAGGCUUUGCUGAGUGAUUUCCUGUCAAGGUAAUUUUCGGUACAUCGCAUUUUGUUGCCACAUUCUGGUGCCCAAUUGCAAAAAACCACUCAUUUUCCUUUAUCAUUUCUUGAAAUAUUAUUUCAACUGUUAAAAGAACCUGACAUAUCCUCUUCAGGGUACUGAUCUGAACAGUUAUUUUGGACUUAGAGAUUUCCUAAACAUAUUCUUUUGGCAAUUGCCUUGCACAUGUGGGUUAAUCAAAUGUCAGUGUAAAAUCAAAAGGACAAAAAAAUAGUAAAACUAAAAUUGUUAAAACAUGCAAAAUCUUAGGAACAUAUGUUUUUUUUUAAAAAAAAUUGUUUAAACUUCUGUGCAAAUUUCCAGGAGCAUUUCUUACAACAGUAAGUUGCAUUUUUUUUUUCAAAUGUAUGUACAUAAGACACUUAAAGUUUUGUGUUAAUUAAAGUUUGCUUAUGGUUUGUA